AUGGUUCGUAAAAAAUCAAUUUCUUCGAAAGUAAAAACGCGAAAAGAAGCGUAUAAACGACAACAACAAGUUCGUUCAAGUAGUAUUAGUCGAUCAUGGAGAACAUUAAUUGUUACCAUCAAAACUUGUAAAAAAUUUUUAAGUUUGAGGGAUACUGUUAAAAAUGAUUCGUGUAUAGAAAAAACAUUUAAUAUUUCACAAAAUGAUUCAACUAAUUCAAACUCCAUUAAUUAUAGAAAUAUUAAAGACAAAGCAGUUACGUUAUCUAAUACAAUAGAAUUACGAACAGAACUUGAUGAUCAAAAUGUGAUCUAG